AUGGCGGAAGAACCGUCGCUGCCCCGGCUUCCGGCCGUCUCGUGGGACGAGCCAUCCCAGCGCUUCUCCAACAACCCCCGCAAGCGCAACCUGCCGUCUGCCAAAGCCUCGUCGCCCUCCCUCAACUCGAGCGAUCCCGCUGUCUUCUCGAGCGACGACGACCCGGGCCUUGACAACUACGUCGAAGGGAGGAAGAAGAAGAGAUACAUUGGAUCAUGGUUUCAGCAGCAGCCCGCGUCGUCCGACUCGGCUUUCGGCGACGCCAUGCCGGCGCCCAAGCCUGCCAAGAGAAGGCUCGCGCGACAGGUCGACAGCGGCGUCUUCCUCGGAAGCGACGGCACCGACAAUGAGGACAUGAUGGAGGCCCUCAACGUCCCGGUCCGGGCUAGGCUGCCGCAGCUGGACAAGCGCCCGGCCCCUCAGGUCUCGCCAGCAGAGCUGGCCGCCCGCGAGACGGUCCGGCGGUGCCUAGAACAGGGCCUCGAGACUAUCGACUUUUGGUACCUGGGGCUCGAGGAGCUUUCCGACGAGACCAUCAGCCCGCUCGCAAACUUCUCCUGCAUCCCGCUCGUGACCAAGGACGUCGCCUUUGAACAAAAGGUGCCGGAGCUCAAGCUGUACCUUGCCAUGAACAGCCUCAGACGGGCCCCUGGAGCCCUGUUCGACCUGACGCACCUGACCAUCCUGAGUCUGCGCGGGAACAAGCUCACAGAGCUACCCCCUGCCAUUUCGAAACUAAGCAACUUGAAGGAGCUCAACAUAUCGCAGAAUCGGCUGACAAGUCUCCCGGCCGAGCUGCUUGACCUGCUGCAGCCACGCAGCAACUUGCGCGAGCUGGUCAUGCAUCCUAACCCCUUUGAUGAACCCGACAAGCCCAUUGCAGGAUUCACGCGGGAAGGCAACGGCCCAGGGGACGGCUCGCAAUUCUAUAUCAAGUACCUAGGUCGAUCGCCUCUGCAAGUCUCCGACUCGAGGGGGAAGGCAGUAUCAGACUUCAAGUUGCCGUCUGGCGACACGGCGCAGAAGGUCGCCGUCGAGCGGCCAGGCGGCGUCCCUAACAUGAGCGCCGCGAGGCCCAGCCGAGUCCCUAGUCUGGUUGAGGCGUCCCUUCGAAGCUGCUACGGUAGCAGCCAACUCUCCGAGCUGCAGCACUACAUGCCAGAGGGCCUGUCCCAUCUCCGGCGGCUGCUCGGUCGAGCCGCGCAGCAGCGAGACAUGGGCGGGAUUUGUGACAGAACAGUCAUUAUUGAAUCCGUCGCCUCCUAUUAG